AGACCUUUUCCAGGACCUGAGCCAGUUUCAGGAGACGUGGCUGACGGAAGUGAGACGCUCUUUCUGUGGGAACAGUCCUCCCGGAAACUGCCGCACUGCUAGGACUUUAAAUUCCGCUCACCAAACCUAGUCAGCAUCCAGCAGGAGCCCUAGAUGAGUUUGUGCUUGCGUUUUAACUGCCCGGGUCUUCUUCCUGUAGAUCCUCAGGUUCCAGACAGCGAUGAGCAGUUUGUGCCUGACUUUCACUCAGAAAACCUAGCGUUUCACAGCCCACCUGCUAAAGUGAAGAAAGAGCUGUCCCCCAGCCAUAAGCAGCCAUUUGGGUACCGCAAUGGCGAGCAGUGCCUUUACGCCAGUGCCUAUGACCAAACCAGACAAGUUGGACUCAAGUCCCCAAACCCAGGAAGCCCGAUACAGUCACCGCCUCAACAUUUCCCUAGGCCGGACAGGAGCUUCCUGAGCCCUCGGGGGCCCUCCCAACCCACUUCCAGCCGUGGAUACCUCAUGGAACACAGCUCCCUCUCCCAGCCAGCUCCGGAGAUGUGCCGUUCCUUCCCCUCCUCUCAGGGCCUGGGCCGCGAAGCCCCAGCUGCCUACCAGCGCCAGAUGUCCGAGCCCUGCCUGCAGUACCCUCAGCAGGGCUUCAAGCAGGAGUAUCAUGACCCAAUGUAUGAGCAGGCAAGCCAGCUGGGAGGCAGCAGCGGCCACCGGUACCCAGCGGGAGUGGUCAUCAAGCAGGAGCAGACGGACUAUGCCUACGACUCAGAUGUUCCUGGCUGUCCUUCCAUGUACAUGACCGCGGAGGGGUACCCGAGCCACUCAAACCCCGAAGGGACAGUAGGCUUCUACCACAAGCCGAUGAGGCCGUUUGCUGAUGAUGUCUGUGUCGUCCCGGAGAAGUUCGAAGGAGACAUCAAGCAGGAAGUGGGCGGGUACCGGGAAGGGCCCCCCUACCAGCGCAGAGGGUCUCUACAGCUCUGGCAGUUCUUGGUGGCUUUGCUGGAUGAUCCAACCAACUCCCACUUCAUCGCCUGGACCGGCAGAGGGAUGGAGUUCAAACUCAUUGAGCCUGAGGAGGUGGCCAGGCUGUGGGGUAUCCAAAAGAACCGGCCAGCCAUGAACUACGACAAGCUGAGCCGGUCCCUUCGCUACUAUUACGAGAAGGGCAUCAUGCAGAAGGUGGCUGGCGAGCGCUACGUGUACAAAUUUGUGUGCGAGCCGGAAGCGCUCUUCUCCCUGGCCUUCCCUGACAAUCAGCGGCCCGCCCUGAAAGCCGAGUUUGAGCGGCAGAUCAGCGAGGAGGACACCGUCCCUCUCUCCCACCUGGACGAGAACACGGCUUACCUCCAGGACCUGGGGGGCCUCCCGCCCCAGCAGUACAGCAAGGGCUACCCCUACUGACACGUGCGGCACAGCCACACGGUGCGUGCAUCGGUGGGGACGUUUUGUUAGUCAUCACUUCGCGUAGGAGCCAGCUUGGACUCGUGGAAGAGCUGCCGGGGAAGCAGGCAGAGGAGAUGCAAGAUGCAAGCCCUAUCCUUGGACCGCUGGCCAGCAGCCCGGGCUCUGACGGACGCUGGCUGUUCCUCCUUCCCCUCCGGGUGUGGGCCCAGACCUGGUGCGAUGGGACCGGCGCUCUCCCCAGAACAGAAACCUCUCGGUGCGGCCGGAGCAGAACAGCCGCUGGUGGAAUGUGUGAUUGUGCCGCAUGCCGUGCCUCCGUGCGGUCUUUAGCCUUGACCACCCGCCGAGCCGGGCCGGGGGUGGGGCAGAAACGGGACCCUCUGGGGCUCUGCCCUCUGAUGUUAUGACUCUCUGAACCUGCUGUUUGUUCCCUCCCCUCCCCUCCCCAGACACACGCUGCUCCAAAGCGGCGCUCAGACACCCAGCCUUCCCGCAAGCACUGUUCUUACCCGCGCUACUUCUUACCUGCUGGGCACAGGCCUGCCCCCAGCCGGGCCCUACGGAGCUGGAGGUUUCAGCUCGCUGCGUAGUGGGAACGGAGGACACGUCUUCCCUUGGACACGUUUGCUCCGGCCUUGGUGCCUCCUUGCUCAGGAUGCUUCAGCUCUGGGCUGCUUGGCGUUGGAAGCCGGUCGUCCUCGUAACGAUAGGAAGG